AUGGCGAGCCUGCGGGGAGUCCCGUGGUUCCUGCUGCUGGGUGUUCUAAUCCACACGGGACGAGGUCAGAGAGACUUUGAUUUGGCCGAUGCUCUCGAUGACGCCGAACCCACCAGGAAGCCAAGCUCAGAUAUCUACCCAAAGCCAAAGCCGCCUUAUCAGCCGCAGCCUGGAAACCCGGACAACGGAGGAAAUAUCUACCCGAGGCCGGAGCCGCAGCCUCCUCGUCCACAGCCCGGCAGUCACGGCAACAGUGGAGGGUACUUCAAUGACAUAGACCACAAUGACGGGGGCCACCCGCCCAGACCCCGGCCUCCUGCAGGCGGCGGUGGCGGCCACGACCCCAACUAUGACAGCUACGGAAACACACACGGCGGAGAUGGAGCUUCCACUUAUGGCGACCCUCAAGGCAACACCAUUGCAAGCAUAGUGUCCCCCAUAGUAUCUGUCGUGGUGGUAACGCUGGUGGGGGCGGCCACCAGCUAUUUCACCUACAAUCGGAGGAAGAACUGUUUCAGGACUAACGAACCCGAGAAUGUCUGA